GUGGGGACGGAAGUUUGGUUCCCGGACUCCGAUUACGCUCAGCUCAUGUUGAGGACUACUACGGUCCUACGGAUGACCGGACUAUCAUUCGAACCCUGCAAAUCAAGACGAAGAAGUACGCCAAGGCCUUUGACUCCCACAAGAGCCAAGACAUACUGAGGACUUCAUUUCUGGGCUCUUUCAGCUUUGGCCAUAGCACACAGCAUUUCGGAAACUGGAGCAACCAUGUCCAAGCCCAGGCCCUCAGCGGCAUAUUCUCAGUCUGAGGUACUAUACACAACACAGCCAUUUCUAGUAUUGCCAGAUCUCAGAGUCCUUAAUGAACAAGAUGUUGACUUUCUUGAACUCAAUCGGUGCUUUCACCUGCCUGUGCGAACUGUCCAAGAGGAGUUCAUCAACCAGUACUUCUUAUACUUACAUCCCUACUAUCCUUUGGUAGAUGAGAAAGAGUUCUGGGAUAUGUACAUGGGUCGAGAAAGAAGUGACGGAAAGAGAAAAUCAAUGUCCCUGCUCGUUUUUCAAGCGAUGCUUUUCGCAGCAUCUGCGUUUGUGUCGCCAGUAGUACUCAAGAAUGCCGGAUACACAAGUGUAAAAAUGGCACGCAAUAUCUUCUAUAGAAGGGCGAAGCUAUUGUUUGACCUUGGGGUCGAGAGUGAUGCAUUCACCAAAUCCCAGGCGGCUUUGCUCUUGACGUUCCAAUUCUCGGCGUUGGAACCACACGCAGGAAGCACUUGGCUCGCUAUCGCCAUUCAAAAUGCUAUCGUUGCGCAAGCUCACACUUUCCAAGCUCCGGGGUCGAGUAUAUCGCGCAAGAAGAGUAACAAGCGGCUAUGGUGGUCUCUAUUCUGGAGGGACAGAGUCUUGACUCUCGGUCUUCGAAAACCUUUACAGAUAACACCUUCAAGCUUCAACGUCAGUCUAGAUCCCAUCACUCCUGAGGAUCUCGUCGAUGAAGCAGAGAACUCUGCUGUGUAUGAUUCUAGAACGAAGCGCCAGCUAGCAGAUAUCAUAAACCACCAAUGUCGUCUGGCGGUCCUUCUGACAGAGACUCUUUCCAUCUGUUAUGGCCCAAACGCAUUCGACAUCACGUACUCGCUGGAUAAUUUCGAGAAAACCCUUUCUCAAAUCAGGACCGCCAAAAGUAAUCUCGCCGAUUGGAAGAAAGAAGCAGAUAUAGCCCUCCAUCCAUUUCUCAGUGGAACGGGGGCGCACCGAUCAACGACACUCAUAUCAAGUGUCGUGUACAUAUAUGCCUACGCUGCCCAGAUUGCUCUUGGAAAUCAUGAAGCUAUGAUGAUUGAACAGCGUCAAAAAGGAAUAAACGUCAUCGACGACGCUGUCCUUCGAAAUAUUGGCAAGGAUAUAAGCUAUGCAACAACGGAGACAACGAAAUUGGUCGGUUUCAUAGUUCAAGAAGGCCUGACCCAACAUCUUCCUAUUUCUGCGAUUGCGUACAUCGCUUACCCUCUUAUGCUGAGCUCUAUAGAUGAGAGGAUAGCACCCAAGGACCCCGAAUCAGAUGAAGAUCAGUUAUUGACGAGAUAUCACGCGCAAGCAAUGCACUUAUGCAGUAAGCGCUUUGAAGGUGCCGAAGAUAUCAGCAGAAUGAUCACGCAAAUCGUUCAGUCGACGCCCAUUCAGCUACCACUGCGCCCGCACUCGCAACCACCAGGGCGUCGGCAGUCAUCUGGAGCAGAGGGAGCAUUGUCACCACCAUCGAAGAGUCUUACGAAGUACUGGGAUGAGUUAUUCAUUACACGCCAGUACAUGCGGCUUCGACUUUCCCUUGACUAUGCCCUGAUUACUGGUAGGCCACCAACGGAACUGGACCUACCGACAUCUAUCCUUCACGACGUGGGGAUAAAGAGAUUGGCCUACGGGCCGAUACACAGCUUGUCUGCGACAACUCUGUACACGCCUCGCAAGCGUCGCGCAUCAGAAAGUGUUGCUGGCCUGCCGCGAGUUAUUGAGCUGGAUGAGAAGCUAUCAGACGAUGAAGGGCUAACGGAACAUGUUGAGAUAUCGAAUGAUCUCACCGCAACUAGCACUCAACUUGUACAGAGAGAGGGAAACAGUAUAUCAUCUCGGCCGCAUUUUGACUAUGAUGCAAUUUGGGCGGCUAAUUUGUUUGAGGAGAUUACAGAUAUGCGCUACACGACAACCCUGGUCAAUUGUAUCAUCAAAAUGAGACUCCCUUUCGCCGCCCUGGUCCUCACCGUCAUUAGCUCUGUCCAGUCAAGUCCCGUUGCCAAAGCUGAAAAACCACCACGAUUCUUUCUCAUUGGCGACUCAACUGUCGCCGUCGAUGGUGGCUGGGGUAACGGGUUCCUAUCAUAUCUAAAUGCCCCGGCCAAAGGCGAUAACCGAGGUGUCAGUGGCUCGACUACCGUAUCCUGGAAGUCCAAUGGUCGUUGGGACACCCUCAUCAAAGGCAUUGGUGCGGCGAAGGCUGAAUUUGAGCCUGUUGUGACCAUUCAAUUUGGCCACAAUGAUCAGAAGGUCAUGCAACUGGAUGAGUUCCAUACCAACUUGGUCAACAUUGGCAAUCAGAUCAAAGCGGCUGGAGGAACACCGAUCUUCAUCACGUCACUCACGCGCCGCACAUUUCAAAACGGUGAGGUUGUCCAGAACCUCAAGGAAUGGGCUGCCGAGACUAUUGCAGCUGCUGGGGAUGUCGGCGCCCAAUAUCUUGAACUCAACAAAGCCAGCACUGACUAUGUCAACGCCAUCGGAAACGAGAACGCGCAACGUUACAACUGGGGAGAAGGGGAUAGGACGCAUCUGAACCCAGCUGGCGAAAUUGUCUUUGGAAGAAUGGUAGUGGACUUGUUGCUGGAAAAGCGGGAGGACUUCUCAUCUUAUUUUACUCCCAAUAAGGCGCUUAGUGAUAAGAUUGCAAAGGGAGAGUUUGCUACUGGCGACGAGUAG